AUGUACCGUGAAAUCUCAUGUUUGGAUACUCUGAUCAUAGCAGCCAUCCUGCGCGAUCCUUUGCUGUUAUUCCGUCUUGCCGCGCUGUCGAGCCUUUUUAUGGCCAAGGUGUGGGUGACAUUUGGGGAUGGCAUAGACGAGAAUGGGCGUCCUGUGAAGGAACGCCUGAUCCCCGGUAAUGCGCGGGGUGUUGUCUUGGACAUCGGAGCAGGUCACGGACACACAGUGAAAUAUUUGGACCGGGAGAAAGUGAUCAAGUACAUUGCGCUCGAGCCCAACCAGCAUAUGCACCCUGAAAUCCGACAGAACGCUGCUAAUGCUGGUUUCUCCGAGGCAGCUGAAACACUCUUGAUCUUGCCCUAUGGUGCAGAGGAGACGUCGCUCAUAGUAUCUGCUCUUGGCGGGCCUCAUGCAGUUGACACCAUCAUCUCUAUCUUGGUCCUCUGCUCCAUUCCAUCCCCGGAAACCUCACUGCGUGCUCUCAUUGACCAGGUCCUGAAGCCGGGAGGACAGUUACUCUUCUAUGAGCACGUCCUUAGCCCAAGGGAGGAUGUCGCAUGGUGGCAGAGGUUCUGGACACCGCUCUGGAAGAGAGCAUUUGAUGGAUGUUGUCUUGACCGGCCCACACAUACAUGGGUACAGAAAAUGAACUGUUGGCAAUCAGCAGAGGUGUCUACCGGUGGAGUUGAUGAGGAUGAGGAAAAUCUGUUCUGGCAUCGAGUGGGUAUAUUCGUCAAGAAGUAAUGAAAUGAUCUUUGUUC